CAGCAGCGUUUGUGUUUCGUGACAUUGAUGAACACUUGAGGAUUUUUUCAUUCGUAAACCACUUUUCUAGUGUGGGUGCGGAAUGUGUAUUUAUAUUUAUAAUGAACCCGAAUAAAAUUAUGUCACUGCUGGUUUUAACAUAGAAAACAGUGAGCGUUGCAUUUAUAUCGCUAUGUUGAACUUGCACAAAAUUUGGUUAUUAUCAUGUCUCUGUGUUAUUGUUAUGAUUAUUUUAUAUUUUCAAACAGAAAUUACUCGUUUGGAGCAAAACUAUCGCAAGCUGGAAUAUAAAUUGACACAAAGUCAAUCAAAUUCUCGUCAGUUUUUCCCGAAAACCUUAGAAAAAGAUAAUGAUGACUUGGUAGUCAUAUACAACCGCGUACCUAAGACAGGCUCCACUAGUUUUGUUGGUGUGGCCUAUGAUUUGUGCAAGAAGAACCAUUUCAAAGUGCUACACAUUAACAUCACAGCAAAUAUGCAUGUUAUGUCUUUGAGCAAUCAGUAUAAGUUUGCUCAGAAUGUGACAAAAUGGCAGGAAGUGAAACCAGCACUUUAUCAUGGUCAUAUGGCAUUUUUAAACUUUGAAAGAUUAGGCACAUCUACAAAACCAGUAUUUAUUAAUUUAAUAAGAAAGCCAUUAGACAGGCUGGUGUCUUACUAUUAUUUCCUAAGAAAUGGAGACAAUUUUAGACCCCACUUGGUACGGAAGAAACACGGAGACAAAAUGACUUUUGAUGAAUGCGUAGAAAAAAAUCAAGCAGACUGUGAUCCUAACACCAUGUGGCUGCAAGUUCCCUUCUUCUGUGGUCACUCAGCGCAGUGUUGGAAACCUGGCAGCCAGUGGGCGUUGGAACAAGCAAAACACAAUCUAGUCAAUCACUAUCUUCUCGUAGGUGUGACAGAAGAAAUGCUAGAUUUUAUAUCAGUUCUCGAAGCCGUUUUGCCUCGAAUAUUCAAAGGCGCCACCGAACAUUAUUUAAAUAGUAACAAAUCACAUCUAAGACAGACGAGUUCCAAAAUAGAUCCGGCUCAAAGGACCAUAGAUAAAAUUCAAAAAUCGACCGUAUGGAAAAUGGAAAACGAAUUAUACGAGUUUGCGUUAGAACAUUUUAAAUUCUUCCAAAGAAAAGUUUUAAUGAAAGAAAGUCUAGGUGUUCCGCAAACUUACUUUUAUGAAAAGAUACGACCAAAAUGAAAAUGGUGUUCAUUAUUAAGAAAUAAAAUGAUUCAUUCCAGAUGUUAUGAUGUAAAUAUUAAUGUUAUUUAUUACUAGAUUUUAAGGGAAAGUAAAAAAAAAUAACACACAAAAAACGUGAAGUGUUUUAUACUCUGUUACGUUUAAAGUCAUGCUGAGGCCUAAUUGAUUUUUAUUAUACGUCGUAUUUGCAUAUUUAGUUAAAUUUACUAACAAAAGAAAAAAAACUAAUUGAAUUAGAAGUACUUUAAAUUAAUCGUAUUACAAAUGAUAUAGACCAUAAGUGUACUAAAAAGUUUUUAAACGUUUUUUUAUAACCUAAAAUAAAUAUUGAACUAAUCUGUUAUUAACUCAAAAUC